AUGGGGGCCUCAGCGAAAACAGUCGAGGAGAAAGGCGAGUCGUCAACAUCUGCCGCUAAGCAGGCGCUCACCGCUACGACGAGCAGUUCAGCUACCUACGAGCUCCCUUGGGUGGAGAAAUACCGACCAGUUUUCCUCGACGAUGUAGUCGGCAAUACAGAGACGAUCGAGCGACUGAAGAUCAUAGCAAAAGAUGGCAACAUGCCGCACGUUAUCAUCUCUGGCAUGCCAGGUAUUGGCAAGACUACCAGUGUAUUGUGUCUGGCUCGACAACUGUUGGGAGACGCAUACAAGGAAGCUGUAUUAGAGUUGAAUGCUAGUGAUGAACGCGGCAUCGACGUCGUGCGCAACAGAAUCAAGGGCUUUGCGCAAAAGAAAGUUACUCUUCCGCCUGGGCGCCACAAGCUAGUAAUUCUCGACGAAGCCGACAGCAUGACAUCAGGUGCACAGCAGGCCCUUCGCCGUACAAUGGAGAUCUAUUCGAACACGACCCGCUUCGCCUUCGCCUGUAACCAGUCGAACAAGAUCAUUGAGCCGCUACAGUCGCGCUGCGCUAUCUUAAGAUACGGACGGCUGACUGACGCGCAAGUGGUGAAGCGACUAUUGCAAAUCAUCGAGGCUGAGAAAGUCGAGUACAACGACGAGGGAAUGGCAGCCUUGGUGUUCAGCGCAGAGGGUGAUAUGCGACAGGCCAUCAAUAAUUUGCAGAGUACGCACACCGGCUUUGGCUUUGUAAGCGGCGACAAUGUAUUCAAGGUCGUCGACUCGCCGCAUCCUAUCAAGGUACAGGCGAUGCUUAAGGCGUGCCACGAGGGCAAUAUUGAAAGCGCCCUCGAUACUCUGAAGGACCUAUGGGACCUUGGAUACUCAUGCCACGACAUCAUAAGCACAAUGUUCAAGGUCACUAAGACUAUCCCUACAUUGAGUGAGCAUUCCAAACUCGAGUUUAUUCGAGAGAUAGGCUUUACACACAUGAAGAUCCUCGAGGGCGUGCAGACGUUACUUCAGCUCAGUGGGUGUGUCGCCAGAUUAUGCAAGAUCAACAUGGAUCCCAAGAAGUUCGAGACUAAAUUGAAAUAA